AGUAUAUGUCUUCGCAAUCGAAGUCCUGAGAUGAGUCGGAAAAGGCUGCAUUCUGUAGCUGUUUGGGGAUUCGUCGCAUGGGAAAUAGCUGUUUUAUUGAGCCUGGUCGCAUCCAAAGAGCCGGAGGGCCCUAGGGGGAGAAGCAUGCCCAUGUCACCCUCCGACUUCCUGGACAAGCUCAUGGGUCGGACCUCGGGCUACGAUGCAAGAAUCAGGCCCAAUUUCAAAGGCCCUCCAGUGAAUGUAUCAUGUAACAUAUUCAUCAACAGCUUCGGUUCAAUUGCAGAAACAACGAUGGACUACAGAGUGAAUAUAUUUCUGCGGCAGCAGUGGAACGACCCUCGUCUGGCCUACAGCGAGUACCCCGAUGACUCUCUGGACCUGGAUCCCUCUAUGUUGGACUCAAUCUGGAAACCAGAUUUGUUCUUUGCCAAUGAGAAGGGCGCCCAUUUUCAUGAAGUCACCACAGACAACAAGCUCUUGAGAAUAUUCAAGAAUGGCAAUGUCCUCUACUCUAUAAGAUUAACAUUGACAUUGUCCUGUCCUAUGGAUCUAAAGAAUUUCCCAAUGGAUGUGCAGACCUGCAUAAUGCAGCUUGAGAGCUUUGGGUACACAAUGAACGACUUGAUCUUCGAGUGGCAGAAGAAGGGCCCGGUGCAGGUUGCGGAAGGACUCACUCUCCCGCAGUUCAUCCUGAAGGACGAGUCGGAUUUACGCUACUGCACCAAACAUUACAACACAGGGAAGUUCACGUGCAUAGAGGUGCGCUUCCACCUGGAGAGGCAGAUGGGCUACUACCUGAUCCAGAUGUACAUCCCCAGCCUCCUCAUCGUCAUCCUGUCCUGGGUCUCCUUCUGGAUCAACAUGGACGCCGCCCCUGCCCGCGUGGCCCUGGGCAUCACCACGGUGCUCACCAUGACCACCCAGAGCUCGGGUUCCAGGACAUCUCUCCCCAAGGUCUCCUAUGUGAAGGCCAUUGAUAUCUGGAUGGCUGUGUGUUUGCUGUUUGUGUUCUCUGCACUGCUGGAGUAUGCUGCCGUCAACUUCGUCUCCAGGCAACACAAGGAGCUCUUAAGAUUACAUCGACGGAAGAAGAGGAAGGAGGAGGAAGUUCGAGAGAGCAGGCUCAGCUUCGCCACCGGCGGGGCCACGGCCUGCAACGCUGGGGGAAAGGAUGGCGCCAUCCCCAAGGCCACCAACAACACCGCCCAGCCAGCAGUCGCUGUGGCCAACGCACCUCCACAGUCUGCGGUGAAGUCUCACGAGGAGAUGAGGAAGCUCUUCAUCGACAGGGCCAAAAAGAUUGACACCAUCUCCCGGGCAGGUUUCCCACUAGCCUUUCUGUGUUUUAACAUUUUCUACUGGGUCCUCUACAAGAUCCUGUGGCAUGAGGACGUGCAUCAGCAGUGAGGGCCACCGCACAACCCGCAGAACAAGAGCGCAGGAAAUGGACAGAGCCCAGAACUAAACGUGUAGGUAUGUACAGAGCGCUGUUGUCCAUGUCAUCCACCAUCGAAGAAGACCCUAAGCUCACUAUGCAAAGCCAAAGGACACAGGUAUGGGUUGUUUCCGCUGUCGGACGGGAAACGCGGACCUUCGCCAAAGCAUUCCAGCUGUUCAGGUGGACAGAUAUCCAAGACCCCGGGAUACUGUAGGUUACGUCAACUCUCGUGUCUUACAGCUUUACUGCCAAUGGUUUCCGUGUACGUGUUUUCGAUACACCACUUGUAAGGACACAUGAUGAACAAAACAUGCUGAUGUCUUUCGUACAUUUAAAGCACUUUGGUUGUAUUGUUAGAGUGAGUAGCCUUUUCUAGACACAGUGGGGGUUAAUGAUUUUCUCAGAAAAAAAGAAAAUCUGUUCUCCUCAGAGAAAGCCAUAUUCCCAUAACACCUCAUGUAGUGUAACUCUAUAACACAAACAUUCACUGCUGUCAGCCCUCAAGAAUUCUUCCACAUCCAAUCACUGUCUUGUACAAGGGAAAUUGAUAUCUACAGUAAGAUAUUUACACAAGUACCUUUUGUAAUGUUUAUACACAUUUUUAAAUACUUUGUGGUUCCUUACCACGAAAAGAAAAAUCCAGUGUAAGAGGUAUGAAAUGGGGCCAAAUUCUAUGAUGUGUUGUAGUCAUGCAUUGAAAGGAGGGUUUUACUUCAUAUCCAUAUUGCCAUACAAACUUUUGGAUUGUGUUUUGCUGUCAUGUCAGUAAAAGAGACAAGGGUUGGUGCUUUUUACUGGUGUUUUCUUGAAAAAUGUGUUGAAAUGGCAACUGAAGACUGCAUAAAUGAUAAAAUUACAAGAUCAUUUCUCUUACAGAUACUCUCUUGGCUUACUCAGGCAGCUCAUUUCCUGGCUGCAACCAACUCUUUAUGAAUUUAGUCUUUAAAUUUAAUGUUGCUGCUGAAGAACAGGACACAGUGCUUCCUAGUUUCUCCUUUCAACUCUGGGUUUGGGCUACUGAGAUGGAUUGGAAACCUAAGAAAUGCCUAAAUAACACACAGGCAUAGUUAAAUGCCUAAAUAACUAUGAAUAUCACCUUUUUCUUUCUGCUCUCUCAUAACACACUUGCACAUGUGAAAAUCACAAUUUCAUGUGUAAAUUUAACAUUUCCAUUUGUUAAUUAAAAUAUUCACAUGAGAAUAAAAUGUCACGUGAACUGGACAUUUUAACAUUGGCUUUUUUCACACGGGACUGAGGAUUUCUACUGGUGGAAAGAAGGCAGGCCACAUUGAGUCAUUAGCAUCUUCACAUGUCAGUGACUUUUUUUAAAACUUUUCACACGUGAAAACAAAAUGUGACUUCAAAUAGCGUAGGUUAGCUCUCAUCAUAUACUUGUAAGUGGGAUUAUUUUCUUAUCAUUCAUUUGUGCUCUUCACACGUUGGGUGUUCAUAUGUGGUUUUUGAACACGUGCUUUUUUUUGUAAGGGUUAUUAAUAUUAUAAGGGUUCCUGCGAUAUAGAAGCUGCUCUUUAAUCAAAUGAUGAUCUUUUUAAUGAACACAGAGGUCAAAACAAACACAA